CAGCCGUGAAAGAGAAGGGCUGAUCCCAGAUCCCCCCGUGUUCCCACUGCGGUGCCUCUCCCUGUCCCCAUGGCGACAGGAGGACAUACUCCUGCGACAAAUGUGUUGAUCACCCUGCAUCAGGUUUUGUCAGAAGAAGAGAAGGGCUCCAUAGCAGAACAAGAAGAUGAGUACUGGGAGCAGACCUUGUUCGUGGAGAGGUUUGGGGACAUCAUUACGGAAUCUGCUAUCAAUGGCGCAGACAAAAUGGGCCGCAACUACAAUGAGAAAGACUUUGAGUAUCACCGGCACACAUUCCACCACACCCACCACCCCCUGUCCACCCACCUCCCCCCACAGCGUUUUCGCAAGAGGGUACUUAGUAUGGAACGCCGACGAAAGAAAAAGAGGAAGAAAAAAAAGACGUCUAUGCCACCAUCAGAUGUCACACCCACUAUUCAUGAGGUGGAUGAGGAAGAGGUGGAGUCUGAGACUGAGGGCCAGUGCCAAUCAGCCACGCCUACUGAGCCAUCUGAAGAGCUGCCACAGUUCAGUUUGGGAAGUGAGGAGGAUCUGGCAGCCGAUCUUGCUCUCACCAGCUUCCAUAUGGAGAGUGAGACACCCCCCAGCAUUGAGGAGACCCCACCCAGCCCUGCCGGAAUGGAGGUGAAACAGGGAGCACAUGAGCGACCGGACAGAGAAGAGGAGGAAGAGGUUUGCAACAGAUUUAGCUCAUCUCCAGAGCCUGCCAGUAUGACAACACGGGGCUGGUUUCGUAGGAAGCCUGUCCACCGGCUGGCCGGAGCCCAGCGGACCAGCUAUGACCUACGAGAACGCAUCUGCAUAGGCAGUAUGACAGCCAUGGAGACCGCUGUGUACCAGAAAGUGCCUACAGAUGAGGCUGAGGCACAGAUGCUGGCCAGUGCUGACCUGGAUGACAUGAAGAGUCACCGUUUUGAGGACAAUCCUGGGGUUAGACGUCACUUGGUCAAGAAAUCUUCACGUUGUCAGCUUCCACGAACCAGUAAUAGCUCUCCACCUCUGUCGAGUCUGAAGAGGAGAAAGAGGUUGGAGAAGAAAAACCAUGAGGUGUUUGUGGAGCUCAAUGAGCUGAUCAUGGAUAAGAACCAGGAGAUGCGCUGGAAGGAGACGGCGCGUUGGAUCAAGUUUGAGGAGGAUGUGGAGGAGGAGACGGAUCGCUGGGGUAAACCGCAUGUGGCCUCACUGUCCUUUCGUAGUCUCCUGGAGCUCCGCAAAACCAUCACACAUGGUGCCAUAAUGCUUGACCUGGAUCAAACUACACUGCCUGGUAUCGCCCACUUGCUGGUCGAAACCAUGAUAAUCUCGGACCAGAUCAGAGCUGAAGAUCGAGCCAACGUGCUGCGAGCCCUGCUGGUAAAACACAGUCACCCCAAUGAUGAAAAAGAAGGCCUUUUCCAUCGGAACCACUCUGUUAACAGUCUGGGCAGCUUACGGUACAACCAUAAUCACGUUCAUGACACCAGCCUGCCCCUCGUAUCCCAGGACCACGGGGAGAUGCACGACACCAAAGCAGCAGAACAUGACAAAGAGAAAAGCCUCCACCCGGUUCCAGUUGAGGGACAUGCUGCCGCCAGAUCAAUGAAACUCCUGGCAAAGAUUCCCAAGGAUGCAGAGGCCACUGUGGUCUUAGUGGGGUGUGUGGAGUUCCUAGAGCAGCCUGUGAUGGCCUUCGUCCGGCUGAAUGAGGCGGUGCUGCUGGAGUCAGUUCUGGAAGUCCCUGUCCCAGUUCGAUUCAUCUUUGUGCUGUUGGGCCCCACCCAGACCAACAUGGACUACCAUGAGAUUGGACGCUCCUUCUCCACCCUCAUGUCCGAUAAGAACUUCCAUGAGGUAGCGUACUUUGCUGAUGACCGGCAGGAUCUACUAAAUGGCAUCAAUGAGUUCUUAGACUGCAGCAUUGUAAUUCCACCAUCAGAUGUUGAAGGGAAAGACCUGCUGAAGACUGUGGCCUCCUUCCAGAAACAGAUGUUACGUAAACGCAAAGAAAGAGAGCACAAAAAAUGCGGCAGUACUGUGACAGGAGCCGAGCAGGAGGCAAAAGACGUGAGUACUGAUGAACAGGAAGAGGAGGACCAGUUUAAUGUUGACCCUCUCAAACGCUCUGGGAUUCCGUUUGGAGGUCUGAUCCACGAUAUUCGCCGCCGUUAUCCGCGCUACAUAAGCGACCUAAAGGAUGCCAUGGACACUCAAUGUAUUGCUGCUGUGAUUUUCAUUUAUUUUGCUGCUCUGUCGCCCACGAUCACCUUUGGAGGUUUAUUAGGUGAGAAGACACAAGGCAUGAUGGGAGUCUCUGAGCUUAUCAUCUCCACGGCAAUGGUGGGAGUGCUGUUCUCGCUGCUAGCUGGACAACCCUUGCUCAUUAUUGGCUUCUCUGGACCACUUUUGGUGUUUGAGGAGGCAUUUUAUAAGUUCUGCCAGGCGCAGGGCUUUGAGUAUCUCACGGGGCGAGUGUGGAUCGGGUUCUGGCUCAUUUUCAUUGUCCUGGUGAUAGUGGCGGCUGAAGGGAGCUUCCUCGUGCGCUACAUCUCCCCUUUCACCCAGGAGAUCUUUGCAUUUCUAAUCUCCCUCAUUUUCAUCUAUGAAACAUUCUCAAAGCUAAUUAAGGUGUUUCAAGAGCACCCUCUAAUGAAAAGCUACCCUGCGGCUCCUGUACUGCCAGCUUUCUCAACAAUAGACUCAUUUCAAGGGGUCAGUGUGAUAGAGGAACCCAUUCUCAACCAGCCCAACACAGCCCUUCUCUCCCUAGUGGUCAUGAUGGGAACCUUCUUUCUGGCCUUCUUCCUCCGGAAAUUCCGUAAUAGCAGAUUCCUCGGUGGAAAGGCUAGAAGAAUAAUUGGAGACUUUGGGAUUCCUAUCUCGAUCCUGUUCUCUGUGCUGGUGGACUUUUCCAUCCCUGAUACAUACACACAGAAGCUGAACGUCCCCUCUGGUUUCUCGGUCACAUCUCCGGACAAACGAGGCUGGUUUAUCAAUCCAUUUGGAGAUAAACAGCCUUUCCCAUUCUGGAUGAUGGGGGCCUCUGUUGUUCCGGCCCUGCUGGUUUUCAUCCUCAUAUUCAUGGAGACUCAGAUCACCACCUUGAUAGUGAGCAAGAAGGAGCGGCAUUUGGUGAAGGGUUCUGGCUUUCAUCUGGAUCUGCUGCUGAUAGUGACUUUGGGAGCUUUCUGCCCACUGUUUGGUCUACCCUGGCUGACUGCAGCCACUGUGCGCUCAGUGACCCACGUUAAUGCACUCACUGUCAUGAGCAAAGCCACUGCGCCCGGAGAGAAACCCAUGAUACAGGAAGUGAAAGAACAGAGACUGACCGGGAUGUGUGUGGCUAUCCUAGUGGGUAUGUCUAUAGUAAUGACAGAUUUACUGCGCCAUAUUCCUGUGGCUGUGCUGUUUGGGAUAUUUCUGUACAUGGGCAUCACGUCUCUCACUGGUAUCCAGCUGUAUGAGCGAAUCACACUCAUGGUUACACCUGCCAAACAUCACCCUGACCACAUCUAUGUAACCAAGGUUAAGACGUGGCGUAUGAACAUGUUCACCAUCAUUCAGUUGUUGUGUAUCGUGCUUCUGUGGGUGGUAAAGUCGACUGUAGCCUCUCUGGCCUUUCCCUUCAUCCUAAUCAUGACUGUACCUCUGCGGAGACUCAUCCUCACCCGGAUCUUUGAGGAGAGAGAGCUUGCAGCGUUGGAUGCAGAUGAGGACACGCCCAAUUUUGAUGAAGAUGGUCGCGAUGAAUAUAACGAGAUCCACAUGCUUGUCUAGACACAGGACACAUAACGGCAAACCUCCUCACUGAUCAAUCACAUGCAGACCUCUGGAUAACGGAGACUGUUGGGAAAGGUGUACGAAAUGUGACUAACUCCGAUGUACCUCCCUCUUCCAGGAUUGAUUCAUGUUUAUUUUGAAAUUUUGUAAUCAUCCAAUAUAUAUAUAUAUAUAUAUAUAUAUAUAUAUAAAGACCAUAUUUUGGAUACUUCUUAUUUAAUUUUUAUUCCCUGAGUUUUUUUUUCUUCAACCCAAAAUUGGCCAGCUUAUUUAUGUGCUGAUGCCCGAUGAGCUUUGAAUAUAUGAUUAAAUAUGACCCAUGCACCGUAGACCUCACAUUCUAUUGAGGUUUAAAGUCACAAAGUGCAAUGAAGGCCAGACUAGGUUGUUUAGGUUGGUCUUGCAUUACAGGGCAGAUCAAAACCCCUAUUUAUCCCAGCUGGUAGUUUUGCACACAUCGGGUGCCCAUCUGGACAAGCCCCACUGCCUGUUGAUCUAAGUUGCCUUGUACUGUAUUACUGUACUGUAGGAGUUGACCACAGGCUCUGAAUAUUACGGUAGCAUGUCCUCUCAGUUCCCAUAAGGUUACGGUAUUCUUUUUGUGUGCCGUUAUGUCUCGAACACAGUAGAACGCUCUAGCCUUUCAAACAGAAGCAAUCGCCCCAUGCACACUUUGACUGCUUUGUGAUACUCUUUUAGUACAGUCAGUGGCAGGAGUAUGUGCAGAUGAUGCGCAAAGAUGUGGACUGUCUGCAUGUCUAGAUGCACAAAAUUUGUCACGUGCACUGUGCACGAGACUUAGCGACACGAAGUAUAAUGUAUCCCAUCCAAAAUCGUGCAUUUCUUCUCCUCCAGUGAAAAUAGCUCCAAAAGAAGUCAACAUGUUUUUAAACAAAUCUUAAGUGAACGAAUCGUUCUCUUAACAACAUAAAAAACUCUCUCUUGUUGCCACCUACUACAGUAAAUAUGGUCACUGAAUGGUGAAUGAAUUUGCGUACUUCCUGAGGGCUGCAUACGCCAUUGAGAUGAAUAGGAAAGCUAACUGUUGCUCUCUCCAGGCGAUAUAUUCUUACUUGCAGUACAUUUGCAUGCGCAGUUAUAAUCGAGCCACCGGGUUUAUUUUUAUUUCUUUGGUGGAAUCGAGCUACAGUCUUCAUCUGUUUGUCCAAAUAUACAUGACACAGUGCAUAAUCGAAUAUUUGAAGGAAGGAGGUCAAAUACGGCAGGUUAAAUAUACACAUCGCGUGUCACCUGUCUUUUGGCACAUGUGCACAAUGCCGAGGCCAACUGUGAUCCGAUUAACGUGUAUACAUGCUUGACAACUUUUAGCUACAAUCGCACACAAUAUACUGUAGGUCUGUUCAUCCAAAUUCGGACUAAAGCGUUUACAUGACAAGACAAAUUAUUGUUUUAGUCCGACUUAAAUCGAACUUUUAAAGAGCAUGUAUGCGUACUGUUGGUUUGCUGACAUGUAUUCAGAAGGUAGUGUUUUGGACAGGGGGGAUGUCUAAUUCAGUGGGUUUUUCUGGCAAAAGUUUGCAAAACUUGAAAUGGCUUUGCGAACAUCACGAAAACCUCUUACUGCACCUUCUAUGGAAAUGAUACAAUUUCCCUUGCAAACAAAGAUUAAUUAAAGUGAUUUUAUGUGAAGUUUUUUUCCAAGAAAUUUAUUUUUGUUUGAGCUGCUCACAAUUUUUCUUGCUAUAUAGAAAUAUAGUAUUAGAAUUUAUAUUGGAUUUAUUGCCCAAAUAUUUUGUCGUUAUUAUAUUUAUUAGUGUGUUUGUGUGAGUGUGUGUUUUUAAUAUUUAUCUUUUCAGAGAACUGUUACUUUUAUAGGCUCUAUUUUCGUGAGUGCGCAAAGUGCAGCGUUACAGGCUACGACCGUGCACAACGUCUUAUCCAGUUUUCUUGAGAGCACUAAUUCUAAGUGCAAUUUUCAUGCCAGUGCAAAGCGCAAGUGGGAUUGGGUGGAAGUGUUUGUGGUUUCUGUGGGUGUAUGCGCACAUACUGUGGGUGUAUUGUAUGUUAAUGAAGUGAUGCAAAGCACAAUUUGCUACUUUCCUGAGAAAUUGGUCAUUGCGCUAACAUGUUUCAAAAGCAUGCCUUAUCUCAGCACAAAGACCAAACUCAGUUCCUGCAUUUGCAGUAGAUUCCACCAGCAGGUGGUAAUAAAGUCCAUGUCCAAACUCUGAAAAUAUAGUGGAUCAAUAAAUGAUUCCCCUGGCAAUCACUGUUGUAGCUGUUUUAUGAAACAAAUAUUUAUGAGAUUUGUGUUAAACUAUCUUUAGGUCAUGGUUUAUUUUUCAAUUAUUAUUAGUUUAUAUUUACAAUUGUAUUUAUAAUCUAAUUUGUAUUGGUAUUUUUCCACCUGUUGUCGUAGAGUGAUUUAAGUCACUGCAAAAGGGGCCGGUGGAAGAAGUUGGAGAGAUUAAAAUGAUUGAAUGUGGUAUGUUUAUUUUGGCCACUUCGUUAUUUUGAUUAUAUUUUCGUUUUGCUUGAAGUGUAAUUUGAAUUUAGAAAUAUUUUUAGUUUAAUAUUUUCUUGUUUCAAUAAAUACAUUUUUUAAAAUCAAAAUCAACCAGUAGAAGUGAAGUGCAUUCCAAAACAAUCACUGUUAAUACUAGCCAUGACUUGUGUCAGUAGAUGAAAAUUAUUAAUAAUACUUGCCUUCUCUGUACGGAACGUAAAUCCAAAACCUGACAAGAACCACAUUUUCCAUUACGUUUGGAAUAGGACUAGAAUAGAAUUAAUUUGCACUUGACGCAGUCCAUUAGUAUUUUGCUCACGUAAUUCGCCAAACACACUUGUGCCUAGACUUAGCGCAUGCUUGCACAAAAAUACCCAAACUUCCUGGCCACGCCCAUUGACUUUACACUUAUGACUUAAAGCAUAGCACUGCACUUAGCUUUAGCGCUCUAAAAAUAGGGCCCUAUGCCGUUACACUGCAGUUCAGUCUUUAUGGGUACAGUUCAGCUGAAAUAGGUUAAAGCCAUAGAAACGUGGAUUUCGUUGAUUGCAUAAAAUUAUAGCUUUUUGUAUCAAUGCUAGUCCAAAGGCUGUCAAACUGCCAGUGUAUAUAGAUGCACUUAUCGCUAGAGUUUAGACUGGAGGCAAAAGACUUUGGCUCCAGUGAAACAUGCUGCCAGAUUGUUGGUCAGGGUCACAGAGGACAGCCAUCUGGCCUUGGGCCCAAUCGUCAAACUUCAGCUACUUUAAAAGGGAGUGCAUUAAACCUUUCAAAUGUUCACCAAGCCAACAAGUUCAUGCUCAACUAAGUAUGUAUCCAACUUCUAUCCAAUUUAAUAUGCAGAGACAACUCUAAGUAUUCCCCCAAUACUGUGACGGUUUCAAAAUUCUUAGGUUUGUUUGAGGAUCUCAACCAGUCCGACACAGCAACAUUGGCUCAACCAAUGGUAUGAGUUUGGGGGUGGGACUAUCUGUUUUUCUGGACAAUGGAAGGUGGGGGGAGUGUUGGGAAAUCUGUUAUUGUCUGCAAGAUGUUGACUUGGCCUCCAAAUUAACCAGAUCUCAAUCUGAUCUCAAUCUGAUUGAGCAUCUAUGGGAUAUAUAUAUAUAUAUAUAUAUAUAAUUAUUUAUUUAUUUAUUUUUUUGCAGUUCCGUUAGGUGACGCUAGUGGAACAGAAAUUACAGACUAUACUUUAACUUUUUCGCCAGGGCUGGUACUAGGAUGCGAUCUUUGGUGGGGCACUUGUAUGUUUUGGGGGUGGGCAACAUUGAUCGUUUCGCUGUCAGUAGGGGUUAGGGUUAGGUUAGUGGGGCUCGAGGCAAAUCUAGGGGGGCAAUGGCCCCCCUUAGACCCAGCCAUGAUUUUCGCCUUUCUCUUUGCGUUUUCAUAGAAAGGAAUUUCCUCUCCCAUUACAAAUGGCCAACCAUGACACUCAGAGUUGCGUGUAUUCAGUUAUUAUUAAUCAGGCUGACUAGAUAACAGGCCUAAGCAUUAAAUCGAUCCUGAGGAUUGUCAUUAGAGAAGGCUGAAUUUUGGACUGUAAAUAACAUGCUGUCCAUGUGUGUAUUGAAUUUGUUUGUGCAUAAUACAAACUUCUGGGGCUAGUCAUGCUAGAGCUCGCUCGUUUUAUCACACAGUCCACAUGCCUUUGUUUUGGUCUUUUCUCCCUCAAUUUAGUGUAAAAACAAAGAAAUUGCGCAAUAUAGGAAUAUCUGUUAUGCUACACUUCUCAGAAUAAACUCGUAGUUUCAUGGAAAGCCCAAAAUGAAGUACUGCUCUCAGUGCUGUCAGGUUGUAAGGAGAUUAGCCAUUCGAUAGCACUGUACAAAUGCCCAAAGGGUAAAUUGAUGAUAGAAUAUUUUUGUUUUUCUUUCAGCAUUUAUUAUUAGGGAUGUACUGUAUCUGAGAGAUGAAAUAAGAUGAAGACAGGUUUGCUUUCAUUUCUGCAAAAUUGGAUACACGGCUUGUGAAUCUCUGGCCAGGCUCUUCAGAUAUCAACCAACAGAUGUUUGGUUCUCAGAGGAAUGCUCAGGAGACUUUUCAGUUAUGUUUUACUUAAAUAUCAACUUUGAUAUUUGCGUGUCCUUAAAUAGACCCACAUGAGUCACAUAUUGACAGACAGUAAGAGUAUUGUGCUAUAAAAUUAAUGUGGAUAGCAUAGCUCAGAUAAUUUGUUUUUGGAAGAAUUUAAUGAGAAAUAUUUGAAUUCAUAAUGAAAUAUCUGACUUUUUAUUGCAAACUUUGGCAUUUUUUGGUAAAUCUGAGCAGUUUGAGACAUUGUGGAAAUCUCUACUGAAACUCUAGUGGAGAAAUGUUUGAAAUGACUAGGGUCUUGUUUUCAAGUGAAACAUCUGUCCCUUUUGCUCUUCAUAAAUGUAUAUCUCAUUGCAUUCUAAGUGAAAACAAAUCAGAUAUUAAAGGUCUCAUUUGUGAUUUGUCUUUCCUAUGAGGCUGAGAUAAAGCAUGUCGGUUGCUCUUAUAGCUGCAGCUUAUUGGGGUUAUUAGUAAUUGAGGAUGGAUAAUAUAUUUGGUUGCUUUAUGGACUUGCAGUUUGGAGUUUAUUGCACUGCCACUGAUACUCACACUGCCGUCAAACUCUUAUCACUACAGGCUUUGUUUGCUUUUGUUUUUCAGACUAAACACAAUCCAAACAGCAGAAAACAGAGAUAGAAAAAGAGUGACAUGUUUCAGAGUCUCCCUGUGUUGAAUUUGUCCAUCUUUGUCUCCCACACCGAAAUAUUACUGCAACCAGAAAUUAGUUACAACCAAAAAGGGUUGCACAGUUACAAGAUUUAAUCCAUAGAGUUAACAUAAACACCCACCUUUUAAGAGGUUUCAUGUUCAAGAGUAAAUAUUGCAGUAUAUAUUUAGCAAUUAUUGUUUUUAUUUUAUUGGUUAUUUUACCCAAUAUUUGCAACCUGGUCUCAUAGAAUCACAUACUGUACCUACAUUUUUGCAAAAGGAUUUGUAUGUGGCUCAUUGUAUGUAUCGUGACAGUUUCCUGGUGAAAUGAACAAUGGAUGCGCUACAACAACAAUGACUUUUAUUUACUUUCACCAAAUCACGAGUAAAAGGGGCAGAUUAGUAGUUCAUGAACACUAACGUUUCAUCUUGUUUCUCACAAAAUGCUAUCUUAUGACAUAAAAAAACUGAAGCAAAUUUUAUUAUAUUCAUCUGGCGUUCAGCGCUUUUUAAGCACUACUGUAAAUAUACCUCUCAUAUCUUUCACACGGAUGAAGCGUGGUUUUGCAUGAACCAUCGCAGCACACACACCAGCGCACUCCAGAGACAGGAUAGCCAGAGUUCUGGGAUAGCAUGAGUUAAUCGGGCUUCACUUGAUAUCGCCACGGAUACCACAAAACUUAUGUGACCCAUAUGAAUUCUGGGUAAUGUUGUACUUUAAAGCACUAUAUGGAUGAAAUCAAACCUCUCAAACUGAUAGAGAGCCCCGAUAUUAUAGACAGCACUGACCCGGUAAAAAGGAGGGUUUUUAAUUAAUACUUUUUUUUUUUUUACUGCAGUAACACUAACUGGUAACUGGUGUAGAUUUAUAUUAAACCUAAUAGGGUGAAUCUAUUACACUUACAGUUGUUAUUGCAACUUUAACAGUUGUAAUAAAAGUUUCUAAAUGUGUUUAGGCUGUUAGUUUUCCUCCUGUUCUAUCCUACUGUUCUAAAUGGCCAUGUUUGCCUUCAGAUAUUCCAGGAAAUUACUGAAAUCAUUAGGCCUGUGUCCUGCUAAACUCAUAUCAUUCUUGUUCAAAUAAAAUGUCCAAACAAAUGGAUGCAGUUAAAGUUUCCAGUUUACCUUUAUUACUUUAUGUUGGGUGGGGGACUUAGGCUAGUGAAAAUGCUGAGUCAGCCAAAAAGUUAAUGUCAAGCCUUGCUUGUUAGGCAGUACUUUUUUAACAUUUGCACUGCAUCACAAUCUACUUUAAGUGAGACAAAUGUGUCACAGAAACACCAUAAAAUGACAUGGUUGCUUUAGUAAUUGUGUUUUUCAUGUCACUAUAGUUUUUUUUUUUACACUAGUGGUUAGGUCUAGGUGUAGGGUAGGGAGGUCAGUUUGUUGAUUUAGAGAAUAUCGACAGAGAAUUAACCUUAAAAACCUUAUCUGUUUGUGAGAAAAUUUAACUUUUAGCACCACACAAUGGACAUUUCACCUCGAAACUGCUGCGAUAUGUGUCAUGAACAAUGAAAUAUCAUUAUGCAAAAAUGUCACUGCAGUCAUGUCAAUUGUAUUAGAUUAGGCUGAAUAUUUGUGAGUUUUUAUACUUAUUAGAUAUCAUGCUACACCAAAUUCUAUUGAAAUUAUUUGGGUGUAGAGUCUCAUGUGCACUUCACAUAAGGAGCGCUAUUUGUUUGACACACAGAGUUGCUGCCUAUGUAGAGCGUAGGAGCUUUUUGCCAUUUUUCAUUGACGUACAUAGUUGAGAGAGAAAAGGAAACAUGACCCAGGUCAGACUGGAACUUGGGUCUCCCAGAUGAGCACCAUUGCUCAAAAUGUCAAAGCCACACACUGACCACAAAGCCACAACUCCGACCAAGAUCAGUCAUCUUUUGAGGUUUCAUUUCAGUUAGGAUGCUGCCUAUACAGCCAACUGAAAAAUGUUGUUAUACAGUACAGUAACUGUUAUAGGCAGUUCCUGGCUGUUACCAUGGCAGCAGACAGGUUGCCUAUCCAACUAACCAAGAAUCUGAAAGACUUUGGCGUGGUGUGGAAAUCUAACAACCUCUUUGUAGUUUAAGCAUACACUUGUGUAGGUGUUCUGGGAGCUCAAAGACUUGUUGGCACCUCUAUCAUAUUAGAGUCAUAUAAAAAGUUGAAAAACAGUUUUGGUGAAUUUGGAUAAAAAGAACAGACUGCCACAUCCUGCUGGUGGUUUUUAGAUGUUGGAGCCAUGAGUUAAAAAGGAAAUAGUAUGAACCGUGCAAGGGCAAAAUGAGUGCCUAAAUGAGCCGGGUUUUGGUGGAUGAUGCCACCCUAGUUGUGCAGACCACCCACUCGAUCAUGCAAAAGAUGUUUUACUGUAUAAUUUAAUGUCUGAACUGUGAUUCCUUACAUUUCCUUUCAUUUUCGUUUUAAUUCUGUGAAUGUUGGAUGCCAUUCUCUCUGCCAUUGUGAUGAAGUAGACGACAAUCAGAAAUGUUUGCAGACAGAUUAUAUUAAUCUCAUUCAUAAAAAAUACAUUUUACAUUCAGCAGUUUAGACACAGGGAGAGACAAUACAAAAGCCAGUGUUUUGGUUCUAACAGAGCUGUUUGCUCAGUUCUAGUGCAUUAGGUGGAAAUAGGUGUUGCUUUAAGGAGUACAAGCUAAAGAUACUGAGCGAAUUCAUUGUACAAAGAAAACACUUACCACUGUUACAUACUAAUACAAUGUAAUGAUCCCUAGAUAGCUCUUUUAGAUCUUGCAGACAAAUAUUGAUUGAAGAAAGGGAACAAAAUAUUACAACUCCUUGAGUUUUACUUUAUGUAGUAGUUUUGAUUUUAGACCAUUUAAAAAAUAACUAAAAAAUAAGUAGAUAUCCAAGUGUUGCCUGGUCGUAAUUAAGAAGUUUAGUUUGUCUUUCAGAAAAUAAGACAAACAUUUUGAGUUCAUAUGGAAAAAUUGUUUUUAUUACUUUAGCAUUAGCAACACUGAAAAUAUUAUGAUGUUAUGUGGAUAUCUUAAUAGCAGUACCCAUUGCUAUUCUGUAAAAAGAAAGUUUUCAGAGAACUGUAAAACAAAUUGUUUAUUUUUUUGUUAUUUUUGUUGUUGUUGUUGUUGUCUCAGAAUAAAUAUUUAUUGUGUUUCAAAUGUCUUUGCGUUGACUGUUUUGUAGAGUAAAUUAACAUGCCAAGAGGCUACUGUAAUUCAGUAAAACAUAGAAUGAAUCAGAAUGAAUGAGCUUUAUUGCCAUGUAUGCUUACACAUACAAGGAAUUUGUCUUGGUGACUGGGCAAUAAAGCAAAGCAAAAAAACAAAACAUAUUUUCAGCAUUAGAAUGAUGAUAUUAAAUAAAGAAUAUAUAUAUAAAUAAAUAUAUAUAUAAAUAAAUAUAUAUAUAUAUAUAUACACACACAUACACGGAUCAGCCACAACAUUAAAACCAUCUGCCUAAUAUGGUGUAGGUCCCCCUCGUGCUGUCAAAACUGCUCUGACCCGUUAAGACAAGACCUCUGAAGGUGUCCUCUGGUAUCUGGCACCAAGACAUUAGCAGCAGAUCCUUCAAGUCCUGUAAGUUGCGAUGUAGGGCCUCCAUGGAUCAGACUUGCUGGUCCAGCACAUCCCAUAGAUGCUCAAUCAGAUUGAGAUCUGGUUAAUUUGGAGGCCAAGUCAACACCUUGAACUCUUUGUCAUGUUCCUCAAACUAUUCCUGAACAAUUCUUGCAGUGUGUCAGGGCCACUGCCAUUAGUGAAUACCAUUGCCAUGAAGGGGUGUACGUGGUCUGCAGCAAUCUUUAGGUAGGUGGUACGUGUCACAUUUACAUCCACAUGAAUGCCAGGACCCAAGGUUUCUGAGCAGAACAUUGCCCAGAGCAUCACACUGCCUCCGCCACCCUACUUUCUUCCCAUGGUGCAUCCUGCUGCCAUCUCUUCCCCAGGUAAACGACGCACACGCACCUAGCCGUCCACAUGAUCUAAAAGAAAAUAUGAUUCAUCAGACCAGGCCAACCUUCUUCCAUUGCUUCAUGGCCCAGUUCUGAUGCUCACCUCCACAUUGUAGGUGCUUUCGGUGGUGGACAGGGGUCAUCAUGGGCACUCUGACUGGUCUGCGGCUACGCAGCCCCAUACGCAGCAAACUGUGAUGCACUGUAUGUUCUGACACCUUUCUAUCAUGGCCAGCAUUAAGUUUUUCAUCAGUUUGUGCUACAGUAGCUCUUCUGUGGGUUUGGACCAGACGGGCUAGCCUUCGCUCCUCACACACAUCAGUGAGCCUUGGGCGCCCAUGACCCUGUCGCCGGUUCACCAGUUGUCCUUCCUUGGACCACUUUUGGUAGGUACUAACCACUGCAUACUGGGAACACCCCACAAGACCUGCAGUUUUGGAAGUGCUCUGACCCAGUCAUCUAGCCAUCACAAUUUGGCCCUUGUCAAAGUCGCUCAGAUCCUUACACUUGCCCAUUUUUCCUGCUUCCAACACUUGAAAUUCAAGAACUGACUGUUCACUUGCUGCCUAAUAUAUCCCACCCCUUGACAGGUGCCAUUGUAACGAGAUAAUAAAUGUUAUUCACUUCACCUGUCAGUGGUUUUAAUGUUGUGGCUGAUCAGUGUGUGUGUAUAUAUAUAUAUAUAUCAAUCAGUUGAGUGACACAUUCAAAGUCAUAGUGUGUAUAUAUAACCUAAUAUUUUUAAAUAACAGGAUUUUUUAAAAAUACAGCCAUGUCAUAAUUAUUCAACCCCUGUUGCAUGUAGCUGUUCCUUAAAUAUGUAAGGCUACACAAGCAAUUGUUUUAAAACAAAAUUAAGUCAUCAAUCUGCAAUGGCACUUAUUUAAAUUUUAAAAUGUAAGUUUAGCGUUGUAAGCAAAAAUGUAUUUCUAUGCAAAAAAUGCAAUUAAAAAUAAGUUGUCUCAAAAGCUAAUAGAGGAGAUUAUUUCAUUACACAAGAAAGGUCAUGGCUAAAAGUACAUUUCCAAGGCACUUCAAUUUCCAAUAGACAAAGUUGGCAGCAUCAUUCAUACAUUUUUAAAUAUGGUACAACAGCAACCUUCUUGGGGUGUGGAAGAAAGCAAAACUUCACCAAGGGAAAUGUUGAAUUGAAUAUUCAAGGAGUAAUUAGGAAAGACCUGUGGAGUCCUGGAAGAAGGUUUUAUAGACGUAUGACACUAAACUGAAAAUGAGUUUUAGGCCCAUGGGUCAGCAGUAUGUCUUGAGUAAGAUGACAAGGUGAUGACAAGAACGACACCAUCCCCACAGUCAAGCAUGGAUGUGGGUCAGUCCUGUUAUGGGGGUGUUUUGCGGCUGCAGGAAACGGCUAUCCUGACUAUGUGACUGACACCAUGGAUUCUUUCAGGUAUCAGGCCAUUUUGGCAUGAAAAAUGUGAUGCCUUCAGUGUGUAAAUUGAAGCUCAGUGAUCACUGGACUUUCCAGCAAGACAAUAACACCAAGGAUACAUCCAAGUUGUCCAAAAUCUGGUUCAGGGAUAGGUCAUGGAAUGUCCUUAAAUGGCUCUUUCAGUUCAUCAUUAAAAUCCCAUUGCAAACCUUUGUUGGGAUUUCAAGGAAGCAGUGGCAGCACGGAAACCAAAGAAUGUCAAUGAGCUGGAAGCUUUUACUCAUGAGAAAUGUGUAAAAAUUCUAAUAGAGAUGUAUCCGAAGCCUGAAAACACUUAUCUGAAACAUUAAUUUGCUGUUAUUAAAGAUAAAAGAUGCUCCACAAAUGACUGACUUUGGGGGUUGAAUAUUUUUGACAUGACAUUGUGGAGAGAAUUAGUUAUUUUUCAUUUUUAAAUGUGGGUAAACUGAACUCUUUCUUCUCAAAAUCACUCAAAGUGUAUUAAAAAUGUACUUUGACUGUUUACUGAGGUUUUAGUUGAUGUGUUUUAAUUCACAUCACCAGAAUGUCUUGGUCAGGGGGUUGAAUAAUUUUGAUUGCAACUAUAUAUAUAUAUAUAUAUAUAUAUAUAUAUAUAUAUAUAUAUAUAUAUAUAUAUUUUAUAUAUCAUGAAAAUGAUGAAAAUAUCAUUGUGAUUACUGACCCAUAUAACAAUGCAUUGUAAUAAAUGUAUUUUUACAAAAUGUCUUAAUACAUAAAAAACACUACAGAGGGUCUUUGUAAAGAUUUUUGAUAAUGCAGUUGUGAUGACUGUUAAUGACUGAGCCCAUUUACAUGCACACCAAUAGGUUGAUUACUCUCUAAAUUCAGCUUAUUUAAAAAAUCUGACAAGGCAAGAGAUCUGCAUUUACAUGACAUUUGAAAUAAUCGUGUUAUUCUCUACUUUUGAGGUAAGAACACCGGGUAAGGUGUUUACAUGGCAUGCAAAUCGGCAUAAUGGGCACAAAUCUACCUGUGUCAAUCGGGUUAUUCAUAAGCCGUUU